AUGGCAUCUUGGCCCCCGCUCGCACCAGUCCCACCCCCCGCGGUGCAGAGUGCCAUCCCACCCCAGGAAUGGGAGCUCUAUAUAGAUGCAUGGGUCCUGCUCCUGGGCCUGCGCAUAGAAGCAUCCAAUGUGCAGUUUGCUGAGGAAGCUCCCAAAGAUGUCUCUGCAGUCACUUUCUUGACUUCUUUCUAUGACCAACUCGCAACAACCGGUACGCUGGGUUUGCAUAUGGGGCCAAAAGCAAGAACAUUGCGAAAGCUAUGUUUCCUGCUCACAAGACGUUUCCUUCUGGAUGCGCCCACGACACCAUCCGAGCUACUAGGGUGGAAGUACCUUGGUGACCUAUGCAACUGCUAUCCCUCCAGCUCGGCGCUGAAGAAGCUCCUGUCCGAAGCAUGGGACAAGCACGAAGAGUCGAUAUCAUCCAGCCUGGAAAAGGCGCAGACAAGCAUGAUCAAACAGCUUUCACUCUUAAUAUCCGCACCGACUCCAGAGAUCAUUUCCGAUAUCCGACUCUUGACAAUCCUGGGAUCUGCCCUCCCCGCCAGCGGCCAGACGCUCAUGGCCGGGUCCGAUUUCCUCGAUAUAUGCUGCGAAGCAUACCAAACACACAAGAGAGAGGACUUCCGCAAAGUCCUCGUAGCCAUCGUCUACGUCGGCCUCACCUCACUACUGAAAGGCACAAAGCCCAACCUCUCCCUGCUCCUCGACCAACUAUUCAGUCUCAAAUCCAGCGCAGGCAUCAGCACAAAGAACGGCCCGACCCUCCUGUCCGACCUCAUCUGCAGCUCCGACCUCCUCGUCCGUCUAGACCGCUACCUGAUCUCGCACCCGCAGAAACGCGGCCAAGAUCUCCUCUCCAGUCUACGCACCUACCAAACCGAAUCCACCCCUUUCCACCAUCGCUACCAGAGGCCCAAGAAAAGGCCCAAUAAAGGCAAAGGCCGCGCAUCAGACCUACCCCACGCAGACGAGAUGCAUAUCCACAAAAUGUCCUUGAUAACGCAGGUCCAAGACCUCUUCCCAGACCUGGGCUCAGGAUACAUCGCCCGCCUCCUAGAUGCCUACGACGACAACCCGGAAACCAUCAUCGCCAACCUCCUCGACGACUCCAUCCCUCCCGAAUUCCACAACCUCGAUAAAUCAGAACAACUCCCGACAACAUCGACAACAACUACUCACGACAUCCUCCCACCAAACUCCACCCCACCGCCCCUCCAACCCCGCAAGAACAUCUUCGACAACGACGUCGACCUCGCCGCCCUCCCGACAGAGAACCUCCACUUCGGCCGCGCAAACCCCACCCUAACAGCCGAUGACAUCCUCUCCGACCGCACCACCCACGCCGCCAACAAAGCGGCCAUCAUCUCCGCGCUCGCUACCUUCGACUCGGACGACGACGAACGCGACGACACCUACGAUGUAGCGGAUGUAGGCGGCACCGUCGACGCGGACGCGGACGGCGACGCAAAGCGUAAAGCCGCUGAGUCGGACGAGCUGGAUAUGACGCUUUUCCGGGCGUACAAGGCCUCGCCGGGCUUGUUUGGGCGGGACUCGGGCACGCGGCGGUCGCAGCCGCGGGCGGCGCUGAAGCGCGAGACGGGGAUGACGGAUGAGGCGAUUGAGGGGUGGGCGGUUAUGUUGGGUAGGGAUUCGAAGCGGUUGGCGAGGUUGGAGGGGAAGUUGGCGCUUUCAGGUGUUGCUGGUGGGGGGUUGGUGCAGGAUGAGGUUAAGUCGACGGCGUAUCGGAGGCCUGGGCUGAGGGCAGGUGGGGAGACUGGGAGUGAGGGUGAGGAGUCGGGUUCUGGGGCUGGUGGUCGAGGGGGAUCGAAUAGGGGACGUGGUCGGGGUGGGCGACGCGGUGGAGGCGGUGCUGGACGGAGGGGCGGGAGUGGUGCAGGAUGUGGUUCUGGGGAUGGGAAUACGGCAGCUUCACGGCAGAGGAAGGAGGAGAAUAAGGCCAGUAGGGCGAAUCAUAAUCGGCGACAGCAGAGAGCGAAGAAGGUGGCGCGGGCUGGUGGCAUGGUGGCGUGA